AUGGCGCUCCUCAUCGAGGUAUCCUGCCCGCUCUACUGCAUCACUGAGGCCGUCGAGCGCGAGGGCAUGCACUCCCGGCCGCAGCGGUGGUUCCCGAUCUGCGCCGCGGCCAGGGGGAGCUGCCGUGCCGGGACCGCGCGGCAAGCAUGCAGACCUGCGACUCCUCCGACGGGAGGAGGAGAACAUGGUGGCGGCGGGCCAGUGGGAAGGGGGCGUCCGGGUCGACGAGGCGCUGCGAUACGAGGCGAAGGACGAGGACGAGGUGGGGAUCACCGUUUGCACGCACGGGUAGAUCGGCGGCGAGCCCGACGCCAGCGCUACCAACAUCGGCACCAGCAGGGUCGCGCUCGAGGAAGGCGCGGGCGUGGCGGACCAGAUGCAGAAGCAGUGGACCAGGGCCGACACGGUGCUUGUGGGCGCCUGGCGAAUUUGCAGGCGUGGCGUCAUGACCGGGCACAGAAGAAGGUCUCGGCAGCACCCAAUGGCAGGCUGAACGGCAUGGGUGGCAUAUCAAAAUCCUCGUGGCGUCCAUAG